AUGAACAACAUUAACCUGAGUCCUGUGAGCAUGGACCAGCUCAGUGUGCCCUCAGUGAGUGCCAGCCACCUGGGUCUGCCCACCUCCCCCACACACAACCCCAUUCCCACUCCAGGCAUGCCAGUGGCCAUCCCCAGCCUGGGUCCUUCCCUGGGAUCCCUCCCCUCGGCCCUCUCGCUGAUGCUCCCCAUGGGUCCGCUGAGUGACAGAGGAGUGAUGUGUGGUCUGCCGGAGAGGAACUACUCUUUGCCUCCGCCUCCGUACCCCCACCUGGAGAGCAGCUACUUCCGACACAUAUUGCCAGGUAUCCUGUCCUAUCUGGCAGACCGUCCACCCCCUCAGUACAUUCAUCCCAGCAGCCUCAACAUGGAUGGGACCCUGUCUGUGUCCAGCAACAACCCCUCAGGUCUGGAUCACUACAGUGGCCCCGGAGGCCCCCUGGAGCAGGGCCUGGUGCCCAUGGACUCCAGACAGGUCAGCGGCCAGGGGGACCUCCACCAGCCCGGCCCUCAUGAGCUGGACUCUUCAGGAUUGGCCAUGGAGUCGCGUGUCAGCAGCCCCAUGUCCCCUGACCGGAUGGGGGAGGAGCUGGCCUCCAUGGAGGGAGUCGGGGUGGUGUCAGUGUCCGACUCCCAGCAGCAGCUCGGAGGGGGGAGGCAACCUCAGCACGAGGGACUGCCCGGGGUGGACUCGUCCGGCGGGGUUAUGCCCCUCCAUGGACCCACUGUUCUCGAACUACCUGUGGUGAUGGAGCCGGAUCACAUGGGGGGUCGAGUGGGGAACACCGGAGGAGGAGCGGGAGGACUCCACACAAAUGGGGAACUGAACUCAGGCGUAGUCAGUGUGGUGCUCAACCAGGGCCAGCUGGAGCCGGUGUCGCUCCACGGACACUCUGGGAUGGGGAUGGAGGCGGUCAACGUGUCCCCCAUCACUGCAGAGGUGUCCCUGGGGCCAGAAAACAACCUGGUGCUGGUCAACUCCACCCUGCAGCUGGAGGACUCUACCUCCAACAAGGAGAACAUGGUCACUGCCUACACCAUCUGGUGCACGCUGUGUGAGCGCUCGUAUACCUCAGACUGCCCAGAACACGGCCCGGUCACCUUCAUCCCAGACGCUCCGAUCCAAAGCCGGGCACGCCUCUCUCUGCCGCGCCCGCUGUGCCUGCGCAUCUCAGUGGCUGACGAACCGCUCGGAGUUUUUGCACGGGACGUCAUUCCUCCAAGGACCUGCUUUGGACCAAUGGCGGGCCAGCACUGUAGCAACGUGGAUCUCUCUGAUUGGCCAGAAAAGGACAUGCCACAAAUAUGGAAGAUGUACCACAACAAUGUGCUGGAAUUCUACAUCGUGACAACGGACGAGAACGAGUGCAACUGGAUGAUGUUUGUUCGCAAAGCAAGGAGCCGUGAGGAGCAGAACCUGGUGGCUUACUCUGCCAACGGUAAACUGUUCUUCUGUACAACCACAGAGAUCCACCCGGACCAGGAGCUGCUUUUCUACUACAGCAGAGACUACUGCAGGCUGAUGGGUGUUCCUCAAGUGCCAGAGGGCCAGAUCUGCCAAUGUGGCAAAGAGUGCUCCUCCUUCUCCGAGCUCAAGUCUCACCUUGGCAGCCAUAACAGCAACCACAGCCAUAACCAGCCUCCACACAGCCACAGCCCAGCGCAGCAGGACCACUCUCAGCAACAGCAGCUGCAGCAGCAGCAGCAAGAGCAACAGCAACAACACCAGGAAGAGAAGACGGCCAAUGGGACCUCAAGCUCCUCCUCCUCCCCAUGGCCCUGCCAUGCCCACGCUGCAGGACAAUUACACAGCAGCAGCAAAGGCAGCAGUGAUAGAAACUCUAACAAUGUAACACCCAGAGGAAAAGGUCAGGGUCAUGUUCGGGAGAAGAAAUUCAAGUGCAGCAUGUGUUCCCGGGCUUUCAUCACAUCCACCAGGCUCAACGUGCACUUCAUGGGGCACGUGGGCAUGAAACCUCACAAGUGUGAUUACUGCAGUAAGGCCUUCAGCGAUCCCAGCAACCUCAGGCAGCACCUCAAGAUUCACACAGGUCAGAAGAACUACAGAUGCACUGUUUGCGAGAAGUUGUUCACCCAGAAAUCCCAUGUGGCGUCGCACAUGCUCAUCCAUACCGUUGCAGAGAAAUUCAAGUGUGACCUCUGUGAGCGAGCAUUCAUCAGGAAACAUGACCUGAAACAACACAUGUUCUCUCAUACACAUGAGCGCCGGAUACAGUGCCCAAAGUGUAACAAACAUUUCCUCAAGAACAACCACCUGAAGAAGCACAUGAACUCUCACGAGGGCCGACGAGACUUUGUCUGCGAGAAAUGCCACAAAGCUUUCCUCACCAAAUACCACCUUACCCGUCACCUCAAAAUAUGCAAAGGGCCCAAGACUGAGAGAGCGUCGCGGAAGGAGCAGGAAUUAGAGGAGGAAGAAGAUGAGGAGGAGGAGGAAGAGGAAGAGGAAGAAGAGGAGGAAGAUGAUGGUAGGGGAAGAGGAGCAGACUCAGCCAGCAAUGAGGACUGUGGUUUAGACGUUGGAGGAUAUAACUCUGAGAAGUCCCUGUCACCCCCUCAUUGACCACACUGUGCCUUUUGAGAUUUUAUUUAUAUAAUUUACUAGAAAACUGAUGUUUACCUCCAGUUUUUGCCAAAUGUCAGUUACAUUGUCCCAUAUUCACUGCAUUGCAAUUACCACAUUGUACAUCAAUAUAUAUCAAGUCUCACAAGCUUAUCAGUGCUGCUAAAAUAAUAUUUGCCAUAUUAUAAGAGAACUGAUAAACAUCUGACUAUAUUUCUACAAAGCUCUCCUUUCUCUUCAUUACCUCAGACCUGUGUAAUAUGAGUUUCUUUUGACUCACUCGAUAACAUGGGAUGAAUGGCUGAUGUUUAUUUGUAGUUGCAUAAUAAUGUCAAUUCAAACUUCUGAUGCCAUAUUCUUGCAUUUUAGACCUGAUAUGUUAUUGCUAACUGGACUGUACUUUACUCUAUUUAUUUAAAAAUCAUGAUUUUGUAUUUCUUUUUAUUUAAGUAAAAAUGUCAAUGUGUGAAUGAAAGUAAGACUCUUGGAAACGUGAAGCUGGGCAUUAAAUUCAUAUUCCUUUUUGUUUCUGUUGGAAAUGAUGAAAUGUUAUAGCUCCAUCCUAUCUGUUGCGUUAUGUUUGAAUAAAUGGACAAUAACCGCU